GGAAAGGGUUAACCAGAGAGGUUGCAUGUUAACAGUGGAGAUUAUGGAAUGUUUAUCCAGCGUUCAGAUUUCCUGUUUGAGUGUUUGGAUUUCCUGAAAUCUCUUCUAUCAGCCCAAGGGGUGUCCAGUGAGUGGCCUUCUCUUCCCUGCCCCCAACCUAGGAGUUUUUCUGCUCACAUGGGUAGACUUUCCUUCCUGCUGCCUUCCUAAUUGUAUUUGUGUCUCCUCCACACCAGUCAGGACUUUUAUGGAUGUGAGUCAAAACUUUGAAACUCCAGAAAACAUCUGUGGAUACCCUGGAUUUUGGAAUACUUUUUUUCUGUCAUUCGAAACAAGCAAGGAAAUAUAAUACAAACGCCCCAGGAAUCAUCAUCAGUGUUGCAGUAUGGUUUCUCUCUCUUCCUUUUUUCCAGCUGCCUUGAGGAAGGGAGUUGUAGCAUUGGAAACAAUGGAAUGAUGGCCUUCAUUUUGGCGGGCAUUUCUGGAAUGGGAGUUCCAACUGGACAAGUCUUGGUACCUUUCUUGUGACGAGUGAGACAUGAGAUCUUCAGCUUCCAGGCUCUCCAGCUUUUCCUCAAGGGAUUCACUAUGGAAUCGGAUCAUGCCGGACCAGAUCACUGUGUCGGAGUUUAUUUCUGAGACCACAGAGGAUUACAACUCCCCCACUACUUCCAGUUUUACCACCCGGCUACAGAACUGCAGGAAUACAGUCACACUUCUAGAAGAGGCACUAGAUCAGGACAGAACUUCACUACAGAAAGUGAAAAAAGCUGUAAAAGCAAUAUAUAAUUCUGCACAAGAACAUGUCCAAAAUGAAGAAAACUAUGCACAAGUACUAGAUAAGUUUGGAAGUAACUUCUUAAGUAGAGAUAAUCCAGAUCUUGGCACUGCUUUUGUAAAAUUUUCCACAUUGACGAAAGAAUUGUCAACACUGCUGAAAAAUCUGCUCCAAGGAUUGAACCACAAUGUUAUCUUCACGUUGGAUUGCCUUUUGAAGGGAGAUUUAAAAGAAGUCAAAGGGGAUCUUAAAAAGCCUUUUGACAAAGCCUGGAAGGAUUAUGAGACCAAAUUCACAAAAAUCGAAAAGGAAAAAAGGGAACAUGCAAAACAGCAUGGAAUGAUACGGACAGAAAUCACUGGAGCUGAGAUAGCAGAAGAAAUGGAAAAAGAAAGACGGCUAUUUCAACUCCAGAUGUGUGAAUAUCUCAUUAAGGUUAAUGAAAUUAAGACAAAGAAAGGUGUGGAUCUUCUACAGAAUCUUAUAAAGUAUUAUCAUGCACAAUGCAAUUUCUUCCAAGAUGGUUUGAAGACAGCUGAUAAAUUGAAACAGUACAUUGAAAAAUUGGCUGCUGAUUUAUAUAAUAUAAAGCAGACACAAGAUGAAGAAAAGAAACAGCUUACUGCACUUAGAGACUUGAUAAAAUCUUCACUGCAGCUUGACCAGAAGGAGUCUAGGAGAGAUUCCCAGAGCAAGCAAGGGGGAUAUAGCAUGCACCAGCUUCAGGGAAAUAAGGAAUAUGGCAGUGAGAAAAAGGGAUAUAUCCUAAAGAAGAGUGAUGGACUACGGAAAGUUUGGCAAAGAAGGAAAUGCACUGUCAAAAAUGGCAUUCUAACUAUAUCACACGCAACUUCAAACAGGCAACCUGCGAAAUUGAAUUUAUUAACCUGCCAAGUGAAACCAAAUGCUGAAGAUAAGAAGUCUUUUGACCUGAUAUCACAUAACAGAACAUACCACUUUCAGGCAGAAGAUGAGCAAGACUACGUAGCAUGGAUAUCAGUAUUGACCAACAGCAAAGAAGAGGCUUUAAAUAUGGCAUUCCAAGGAGAACAAAGCACAGGAGAAAACAGUUUAGAUGAUCUGACAAAAGCCAUUAUUGAUGAUAUACAGAGGUUACCUGGAAAUGAUGUUUGCUGUGAUUGUGGCUCACCAGAUCCAACAUGGCUUUCAACUAACCUGGGCAUUUUAACAUGUAUAGAGUGUUCCGGAAUACAUAGAGAAAUGGGUGUGCAUAUCUCGCGAAUACAGUCGUUAGAGCUAGACAAAUUAGGAACAUCUGAACUCUUGCUGGCCAAGAACAUAGGAAACAAUAGUUUUAAUGAUGUUAUGGAGGGGAACUUACCAAGUCCUUCUCUCAAACCCACACCAUCAAGUGAUAUGACUAUUCGUAAAGAAUUUAUUACUGCUAAAUAUGUAGAUCAUAAGUUCUCCAGAAAGACAUGCGGUUCUGCAGCAGCAAAACUGAAUGAACUACUUGAGGCUGUUAGAUCCAGGGAUUUACUUGCACUAAUUCAUGUCUAUGCAGAAGGGGUUGAGCUAAUGGAGCCACUGCUGGAGCCUGGACAGGAGCCGGGUGAAACAGCCCUUCAUUUAGCGAUUCGGACUGCUGACCACACGUCACUUCAUCUGGUUGACUUCCUUGUACAAAACAGUGGGAACCUGGACAAACAGACAGCAUUGGGGAACACGGUUCUGCACUACUGCAGUAUAUAUAAUAAGCCUGAAUGUUUGAAAUUGCUUUUGAAGGGCAAGCCAACAGUAGAUAUAGUAAACCAAGCUGGAGAAACAGCCAUGGAUAUUGCAAAGAAACUAAGAGCUAUCCAGUGUGAAGACCUGCUUUCUCAGGCCAAAACAGGAAAGCUAAAUCCACAUGUCCAUGUAGAGUAUGAGUGGAAUCUCCGCCAGGAUGAAAUUGAUGAAAGCGAUGAUGACUUGGAUGACAAGCCUAGCCCAAUCAAAAAGGAGCGUUCUCCUAGACCACAAAGCUUCUGCCAUUCUUCCAGUAUUUCUCCCCAAGAUAAAAUGGCUCUUCCUGGUCUUAGCACUCCAAAGGACAAGCAGAGGCUCUCCUAUGGAGCCUUUCCCAAUCAGAUUUUUGUCACUUCAAGCAUGGACUCCACAACGUCUCCAACAGCAGCAGAUGCCCCUCCACUUCCUCCUAGAAAUGCUGGGAAAGGUCCAUCUGUUCCUCCAUCAACCCUUCCUUUAAGCACUCAAACCACUAGUGGCAGCUCCACUCUGUCUAAGAAGAGGCCCCCACCCCCACCCCCUGGACACAAAAGAACCCUCUCUGACCCACCAAGCCCACUACCUCAUGGACCCCAGAAUAAGGGCCAAAUUCCUUGGGGUAAUGAUUUAGGUCCCCCCGCCUCAAAGGCUGUAAACAAGUUUGAAGGGAUGUCUCAACAAUCUAGUGGGACUGCCAAGACUGCACUAGGCCCAAGGGUUCUUCCAAAACUACCUCAGAAAGUGGCACUAAGAAAAAUAGAAACAAUCCAUCUUCCUUCAAUAGAUAAGUCCAGUCAACAUUCAGAAAUGUUUCAGAAGUCAGCUUCACUCUGUAUAGAUCUACCACAGAAGCCACAAUCUGGAGACUUACCACCUAAGCCUCAGGCUCUGGAACUGCCCCAAAAACCUCAAAUUGGAGAUUUACCCCCUAAACCAGGAGAACUACCCCCCAAACCUCAAUUAGGAGACCUGCCACCAAAACCACAACUUGCAGACUUACCUCCAAAACCACAAAUGAAGGACCUUCCUCCAAAGCCUCAACUAGGAGAUGCUUUGGCUAAAACUCCAGGUGAAAUAUCGCCAAAGCCUCAGCCUUCAGAGGCAAAUCAAAAAUCUCAUUCCUUGGAUCUUUCUCCAAAGGUACAGUCUAAAGAGACCGUCCAAAAACAAACCUCUGAGGACUCCAAUGAUGUGGCCCAUGCAUUGCCAGAGACCCCAGUGCCACUUCCAAGAAAAAUAAACAUGGGCAAGAACAAAGUUAGGCGAGUGAAGACAAUCUAUGACUGCCAAGCAGAUAAUGAUGACGAACUCACAUUUGUUGAAGGUGAAGUUAUUAUUGUCACAGGUGAAGAGGACCAAGAGUGGUGGAUUGGCCACAUUGAAGGAGAACCGGAGCGGAAAGGGGUUUUCCCAGUAUCCUUCGUCCACAUUUUGUCAGACUAAGCCAGACUGGAAACUUGAGCAUUGCACAUCCUUCCUGCGAGACGGGCUUUUAGCACGAAGCAAACAGCUGCUGCAUCCUUGUAAUUCUGUGCACAAUUUGUGGAUAUAUAUGUAUAUAUAAUUGCUGUUAAUAGAAUAAGAACUCAUGGCUCACCCUACAAAGGUGAUGUGUCCUGUAAAUAAAUGGUGUUACUCCGCCUUUGCCAGUAUUAUGGUAGCCUUGGGACCUGGCACGCCUUACUGGGUUUGCUCAAGCCAUCCUUGGCAUCAAGCACUUACAUCUCUUUCUGUGUGUAUGAACUACCAGCUUUCUAAAUAUGGAAGGUCUCAUUCAGUCCUAUUUAACUGUACAGAUGUUACCAUUCCUAACGGAUCAGUAUUCUUAAAUAACUAGCAGAGAGUUAGGUUCCGUUUUCAAAACGAACGGCUUUGGCUCAUUGACGGCCCAGUUUACAGCGACCAAUGUAAACACGUAACAGCUUGUGAAACUCCAAUUCUUUGGUAUUUGUUUUGAAGGGGAAAAAAGUGUUCAGUGUGCACAUCCAACAAAAGAAAUAUUCACUGAUGCUACAGACUAGUUGUCGUAUUUUAUGGUGUGUGAUCAACAUUUAUGUGUCUGUAUUAUGUAGUUGUUAACAGUUGAUCCCUGUGAUAUUUACCUCACUUAACAACCAUCUGAUAGUCUCCAAAGAAUAAGAUCAUAUGGGGCUUUGGGCUAGAGGUUUCCUUUCUCUCAACCAGGGAGUCAAAGAAAAAAGUCUGUCUACAUCUGCAUGCCUUCAUGUGCUUCCUUACAAUCUUUGUUCAUGCAGGAAUGUUACGAGCCAUCUGUCAACUUGCUAGUUUUUUUAAAACGUCUUUUUUGAAAGCAGUGCAGCCUUGUGGCAAUUAUUUCCCACCUCAGUGAACAAUAUCAGUUACCAUAAAUCUUUGCGUGCUAAUUGGCCUAUCUCGAAAACCACUUUGUGGCAAGGAAAUUUGCCCCUUCAGCAUACAAAAACAUAAUAAUGUAAUGAUGGUUUUCUUUUGGCCUGGAGAAGCCCAAAGAAAUGAAAUGUUUUGUCAAAGAAAGAUCAGCUAUUAGUUAAUGGAGUGUUUCUCAACCUUCCUAAUGCCGUGACCCCUUAAUACAGUUCCUCAUAUUGUGGUGGCCCCCAACUAUACAAUUAUUUUUGUUGGUACUUCAUAACUGUAAUUUUGCUACUGUUAUGAAUCGUAAUAUACCUGAUAGGCAGGAUGUAUUUUCAUUCACUGGACCAAAUUUAGCACAAAUACCCAAUACGCCUAAAUUUGAAUACUGGUCAGGUUGUGGGGGAUGGAUUUUGUCCCUUGGGAGUUUUAGUUGCUGGGAUUUAAAGUUCACCUACAAUCAAAGAGCAUUCUGAACUCCACCAACGAUGGAAUUGAACCAAACUUGGCACACAGAACUCCCAUGACCAACAGAAAAUACUGGAAGAGUUUGGUAGGCAUUGGCCUUAAGUUUUGGAGUUGUAGUUCACCUACAUCCAGAGAACAUCGUUGACUCAAACAAUGAUGGAUCUGGACCAAACCUGGCACGAAUACUCAAUGUGCCCAAAUGUGAACACUGGUGGAGUUUGGAGAGAAUAGACUCUGACAUUUAAGAGUUGUAGUUGCUGGGAUUUAUUGUUCACCUACAAUCAAAGAGCAUUCUGAACCACACGAACGACAGAAUUGGGGCAAACUUCCCACACAGAACCCCUAUGACCAGUAGAAAAUACUUAAGGCCAUCCAGUCCAACUCCCUUCACCAGGGCAAGAAAACAUAAUCAAAUACUUUUUACCCGCAAGCAUAACCCCACCAAUGAUAGAAUUGGGCCAAACUUCCCACACAGAUCCCCCAUGACCAGCAGAAAAUACUGUGUUUCCAGGUGGUCUUUGGCGAUCCCUAUGACACCCCCCCCCCUCCCCCGGGUCCUAACCCCCAGGUUGAGAAACGCUGAAUCAAUGGGACCAUUCAGUUGUACCUGUAUUUACUUAAUGCUGAUACUGAGUCUUAAUAAUGAAUUUGGGUAAACGCUGAGAAUCCGCCAACAUUGGUGGAAUCACAAGGUGUGCUGUGACUUGUGAUCGCUUUAGAGUUUUAAUACUGCAUUGCUUGCACCUAAAACUCGUGUAUUAGAGACAGAUUUCUUUCUCAAACAAACCAUGCUUUGUUUGUGAUCAAUAGAAAACUUUUUUACACGGCUUCUUGGAUAUUUUUGUUGGUUUGUGGGCAUAGAAUACUCUUUAAAGUUAUUGACUUUGACAAUAGGACAAGUUUCCUGUCCUCUGUGUCAGAUUCUUAUGACUCCAUGUCAAAAUGUUUCAUUUGACUCAAACACGGUUUCAAGCUAAUCUCUCUUGAGUUUUUCACUUUCAAUGUUGUACCACCCUGUACUCAGUGAAUAUUUGUUUUCUUUUUUUAAUGGCUAACAUACAAAAAACAUAAUCAGUCUAAGAAAUCUUGCAUGAAGAGAAACAACAUUUAUCAGCUAUUAUUGGAAAGUGGUUUUUUAAAUAUUUGCUUCAUGGAAGCAAUGCUCAGAAGUGAUGUGUUACGAAACCAAGGCUUCAUCGGUUUUUAUUGUAACAGGUAGAAGAAGGACAAGGUUUAGGGCACUUCCUUUCAAUCGGGGUUUCUGCAUUUUUUUGUGUGUCGGGAGCGACUUGAGAAACUGCAAGUUGCUUCUGGUGUGAGAGAAUUGGCCGUCUGCAAGGACGUUGCCCAGGGGACGCCCAAAUGUUUUACAAUUCUUUGGGAGGCUUCUCUCAUGGGAUGCUGGAGCUGACAGUGGGAGCUCACCCUGCUCCCCAGAUUCAAACCGUCAAGCUUUCGGUCAGCAGUCCUACCGCAAGGGUUUAACCCAUUGCACCACUGGGGACUCCUGGGUUUCUGCAUGACUUGUUGGAAAUGUGGUCAAAUAGUGGUCAAGAAGGAAGGAUGCCAUUGAGCGUUCAUGUGGCUGGCCCACCGCACACUGUGUUUAGGCUACCUGUGGGCAAGAGAGACAACAGGUAAAAUCCUUUUUUGUUCAUCCACCUGACUCUAUGGCAGGAUGGGCGACUGCAGAAAUGGAAGGGGCAUUUCCUCCAAAUAUGGCUGCCUGGUGGGCAUCAUUUUGGGACUUUCUUCCUUGGGAGAAACAAUCACAUUGGAGAAGCUUUUGGUAAUUCUAAGGACAAAAAAUUGUCCAAUUAAAGAAAAAUACAGGUUUGGAGAGAACAAUCCCAUUUGUCUCUCUGGACUUCGUAUGCUAUGAAUCUUAAUCUUGGUCCCAAUGGUCCUUCCUCCAACCAUCCUUCAGGCUGCAGAGCUGGGGCUGAAUGGAAGACCAACCAAGGCCAAUCCUACAACUUCAAGAAAAGCACAUUAUUUAUCAUUGUUUCCACCUCCAGCCUUUUCUUUGUUCACUCCUCCAGCUGAGCUUUGCUGUUGCCCACUAUAUCUUACUCACAAACAGAGGUGGCCACAGCAUGAUGAGUUGGGCCAACCAGGUGAUUCCUUCCACUAUGUUCCUCUCACCUUGAAACAAGUAACAGAAAAACCCCAUUAUCCUUUUGCAAGUUAGUAUUCCUCGUGCGUUUUUGAAAAAAAAUGAAGAUUUGCAGUCAUUAUUAUGUAAAGCAACAAACUCCAGGUAAUGCACUGGUUUGUUUUUUUUUUAAUGCAUUACGUCCAAGCUCUGAUCAUGAUACGUUCUGUUGAAAGCAAGCAUCCAGGUGAGUGAGCCUGCCGGCAUCAACUCUGCACUGUUACUGAUUUCAGUGUUUCCAGAAAUAUGCUAUUUAUAUCAAAGCUAAGUUCCUACUCCAUAUAGCUCAUCAAUGCAGCGUUCUCCAUAUAUAUAUGUAUUAAAGAACAAAACUGAUCUACCUUAUUUGUCAAAUAUAUCCUAAUCUCAAAAAUCCAUUGCUUUAAAGGGGAGACAAAAAAAGCAGAUGAUAUAAUGAAGAUUCAAAUGUGUAAAAUGAUGUAGAGUCAAAUGUCUAUUAUUUUGUAUGCUUUUUGAAGUAGAAUAUGAAUUUUUUUAAAAACUAAAGUGAGUUCCAGCAGGAACAAGAGUUAACUAUUCUGGGUGAUUUGAAAGUCCAUAGGAGAAUUAAAAUACAAUGUAUGAUAUAUAGGUUGGGUUUGAAUACAGUGUUGAAUUUAAACUCAGAGCCACUAUCUGCAAUUUUGUACAUGACAUAUUUGGAAAAGUCUGUCUGUUUGGGGUUUUUUUCCCCCCAGUGGGAGAGGGAAGUAUGUUCGGCAAAUGGUGUGUUAUUUUACUGUUGAACAGCAAUUACUAUUUAUUUUUUUAUGACAUAGCACAUCAACAUGUAUAGACAGCAGAUCUGAUAGUGCCACGAGUUGGAAACUGAAGUCUUAUUUGAAUGUUACAGUCAUUAUACAUCAGUAUACUUGUCUCUUUACGUGUUUAAUGUGACCGUUUGAGUACUGUAUGUGUUAAUUUCUACUUUUUUAAUAUUUAAAAUUGCUUUUAAAUAAAUGUAUUCAGUUGAUCCCA